AUUAAACCAUCAGCAUUGGAGCACAGAGUUUUUAUAACAUAUACUGCAUAAAUAAAUAGUUGUUUUAACUUUUCCCACCUGCUGCUGCCAUCAACCAUCGACUUAAAAUGCCGUCACUUGGUCUGUUUGUCUUAAUCUUGGGUCUUGUAAUGGCCUCUGCCAUAGCACAAGAAACAACAACAGUGCAUUACCAAAUUUUCACCACUUUAUCACCAGAGGAGGUUGGCAAUACAAGCAUAAGCAACCACACAGCUAUAGUGGAAAUGAAUACCAGCAUGGCCCCGAGUACCAGCAGCAGAAAUAGCAUGGCCUCUGAGGCAGCAACAGCACAGGAUGCAUCAGUGGCUCCAGUGACUCACACACUGUCUCCCGAAGAUGGCAGGCGCGACCUCACUUCAACUCAAACGAUGCGUCCAGCCGAACCUAAUCCCACCAGUUCAACAGUUUCAACCACACAGCGCAGCACCACUAAGCAGAAAACAGUAACCACUCCAACAAAAUCUCCCUCUGGUGAUACCACUGGCAUUAUCAUCAUAGUUGUGAUGAUCAUUUGUUUCAUUGUGCUUGGAGGAGCCUGCUACUUCACACGCAAAAGGUCAAGGAGGUACUCUGUCGACCUCAAUUCGAGACCAGAUGAUGCCCAGAUCCCUCUUAGCACAGUGGAGCCCGAUGAGACUGCGCCUCAAAACGGUUUGCAGACCUUUGCCAGUGCUGAGAUUGAAACAAAGGAGGCACAAGAACCUGAUGCAAAACCUGAGGCCCAGGAGGAGCAGAAAGCCGACGCUGAUAAAUCCGUUGCUGUUGAUGCCAGCGCUGACCCUGCAGCCGCAGCUCCGUCCCCAGACAGCUCUGCAGACAAAGCAAAAGAAGACACUGCUGAGCCGACCCCUGCUGCACCUGUGGAGCUGAACGUGGAGGAGAAAACUGAUGAUGAAAGCGUCGUCUCCAACAAGACAUCAGUGGAAUCGCUGAAGGAGCCAAAUGAGAACAACAGCAACAAUUCUGCAGCAAGAGACUGGUAUCCAAGCAACUUCUUCUUUGAUGUUCCCCUUGACAGUGCGGUGUGAGACGUUUCAGCCUCUCUAUCUAUGCUGUGCUUCAGAACCAUGACUAAACAAAGACUUCGCGUGGACACAGUGGAAAAGCAAAGUUAGGUGGUUAUCAUUUGCAGUGACACAACAAAUCAUCAGCCGCUUUUUAAACAGUUAAAACAGCCCAGCUUUUUACUGAUUUUACUGACUGAUGGUGUAAACUUUUGAUUCAACAAGAAUUUACAAGACUGUUAAUAUUUUUUUUUUUAUUGUGCACUAUAUGUUAUUGUUAAGACUGUGUUAAGAUAUUGUUAAAAAAAACAAUUCAACAAACAAACAAACAAAAAUUUAGUUUGGUUUGUCAGAAAUGCUUUGCUGUUCUUUCAACAAGUUAAGAUGCAACUUUAGCUUUGAAGAUAUUGAAUUUCACUUCUUCUUAUUCUCAUCAGUUACCUACCGUUAAAGUAUUAACAUUUCUGUGAUGUUGAACCGUUAAUGUGAUGUAAAUGUCAUUCAAAUGAAUUUAAUUAAAAUAUUUUGCAUUGUGGUGUAUGUGUUUUUAGAGUCAUGCUUCCUCAGUAUGACAAAAGAGUCUGUUUCUCUUCUUUAUGUUGGA